CUUGGGUCUGGGCUUGGAUUUGAAAAGGGUGCAGCCAAAGGGAACUGUGGUAAAGUGGCUGCCCGGUGGAGCCUAUGAAAUGUUGCUCUGCUGUCCCCUGGAUUGCAGAGCCUGCUCAUGCUGAGUCAUGAAUUAUGCAGCCCUCAAUAUUCCAUAUCCUAGACUCAGGCUUAGCUACUGUAGCUAUUGCUGUACGUGUGGGCUGCAAGCCAAGGAGAGAGGCACCGUCCUGUCCACGUUUGGGCUUCAGCGGAUAGAUUAGCUGCUUAGAACCCUGCAUAGGGUGACAAUCCUUCAGCUCCGGCUAAGGUCCUCCUCCCUAGCCUUCUCUCUUUUCUCCCCCUCCUCUCUGAGGGACACUACAGCUUUAAGAAAACAUCUGGCAGAUGCAGACACCCGCACAUCUGGGCAGCGUUAGCGGAGUCUCCGACAUGCCGGAACAAACCACUCACUUUGAGAAAGUUAAAACACAAGUUUCCUGAAGAGACGGCGAGGAGAGAGAGGGUGAGGAGAAGGAGCAGCAGCGCAACAGGUUCCAGUCUACACUGCUGCCUGCUGGGAUCUCUGGGCAGCAGCCUGCCUGCUGGUUUCUAGCCCCCCAGGCACAGGUCCACCGUCCAUGCUACAAUGGCGCAAGGAGAAGCACCGCUCCUGCUGCUGUUCCUCACCAGGCUGGUGUCCUCCACGUGGUAUGAAGGCUCUGGCUACGACACUGCGGAGACGUACAACAAUGAAGUAUAUGUGGAAGAGGUUCCCCCAGCUCCUGCUCUGGACUAUCGAGUUCCCCAGUGGUGCUACCCAUUAAAUAUCCACUAUGGAGAGGCGACCUGCUACUCCCCACGGGGAGGGAAUUACCGCAGCAGCCUGGGAACGCGCUGCCUACUCUCAUGUGAUCGAGGCUUCCGGCUAUUAGGGCAGAGAUCGGUGCAGUGCUUGCCGAGCCGGCGCUGGACUGGCACUGCCUACUGCAGACGUAAGUCCUGUAUGGGAGAGGAGUUAGCACAAAAGCCUCUGAGUCUGGGUUUGGCAACCUACAGCAUGCCAGAGUGUCGGCCUGUCCCCAUCUCCAACCCACCCCUCCCCGGGUACCAGCUGGAGGGCGACCGCAGCCGGAUCUGCAUGGAGGAUGGGCGGUGGAGCGGCAGCGAGCCAGUCUGUGUAGAUAUUGAGCCCCCCAAGAUCCGCUGCCCAGAGUCACGCGAGAGGAUGGCAGAGCCGGAGAAGCUGACGGCCACUGUAUACUGGGACCCGCCCCAUGUGAAGGACUCUGCGGAUGGCAUCAUCAAGCGAGUGACACUGCGGGGCCCAGAACCCGGGUCGGAGUUUCCGGAGGGGGAGCACGUUAUCCGUUACACCGCCUACGACCAGGCCUACAACCGAGCCAGCUGCAAAUUCAUCGUCAGAGUCCUAGUGAGUCGCUGCCCUGUUCUGAAGCCGCCGCAGCACGGCUACCUCAGCUGCACCUCCGAGGGCAAUAACUACGGCGCCACAUGCGAGUACUUAUGCGACGGGGGCUACGAACGCCAGGGGACCCCCUCACGCGUCUGCCAGUCCAGCCGCCACUGGUCGGGAUCCCAGCCCAUCUGUGUGCCCAUGCAGAUCAACGUGGACGUGAACUCGGCCACGAGCCUCCUGGAUCAGUUCCACGAGAAACGGCGGCUCCUCCUCGUCUCGGCUCCCGACCCCUCCGAUCGCUACUAUAAGAUGCAGAUCGCCAUGCUGCAGCAAGCCACCUGCGGGCUGGACCUGCGGCACGUCACCGUCCUGGAGCUGGUGGGGCAGCCCCCCCCCGAGGGGGGCCCCACCCUGACCCGCGAGCGCUACAUCGAGCCCCUCACGCCGGAGGAGCUCUUCACCUUCAUCGACACCUACCUGCUGAGCGGCCAGGAGGCCACCCAGCGCGCGCACAGCAGGGACAUGUGCGAGUGAGCCACUGGCGGGGGGGCAGCCCUUCGCCAUCCCAGCCCCGCAGCCUGAGGGGACAGGAACGGCCCUUGGGCCAGCGGCGAGGGAGGAGAUGCUGCCAAAUGUCACAGCCUUU